UGCCGCUAGAGAAAUUGUUCAUAUAUUUGUUCUUGGCCGUCUUGGAAUUUAGCAAGCUAUCUUAUUCAAUCAAGUAUAUCCAUGCGGAAUCAAGUAAUUCUUUAUAGCAGGGAUGAAUACAACGUCUACGCGGUUUCUUGGAUUGAAAUUUUGGAUAUAUAUAUGCUAUGAUUAUUUUCUUUAUCAAUGACAAGAAAAUUUUGCAUAUAAGUUUAACUACUUUGCCUCUUCCUUCACUUUGUUCCUCACUUUCACAGUUUCACUAUAGAAAUUUGCUUUCUUAUCUUUGUCUAAUGUCAGACUCGUCAAACUCGGGUGCUGUUGCAGCAGCAGUUGUAUUCAUCAUUGUCGGGGUGGCGGCAAAGGUAGCUAUUUUAAUUUGUGUGUGCAGGAAAAGACAUCAGAGUGGUGGUGGUGGAACAGUUAUUCCAGACUCACAAUUUCUGACCCUCACUAUGGAUAAAUUUCUGAAUGACAUGGAAAGGGAGAAGCCAAUCAGGUUCAGCGGUCAGCAACUAAGGAUUGCAACUGAUAACUACUCCAACUUGUUGGGUUCAGGAGGUUUUGGAGCAGUUUACAAGGGGAUUUUCAGCAACGGGACCAUAGUAGCGGUGAAGGUUCUCCGUGGAAGCUCUGCAGACAAGAGAAUUGAGGAGCAAUUCAUGGCAGAAGUGGGAACAAUUGGAAGAGUUCAUCAUUUCAACCUAGUUCGCCUCUAUGGAUUUUGCUUUGAAAGAAACUUGAUAGCACUGGUUUAUGAGUACAUGGGGAAUGGCUCUCUUGACAGGUUUCUGUUUCAGGAAAACAAGAGCAAAAUAAGUGUGAUUAACUUGCUUCAUGAGAUUGCAGUUGGGACAGCAAGGGGCAUUGCUUACUUGCAUGAAGAGUGCCAGCAGAGGAUAAUCCACUAUGACAUAAAACCAGGAAACAUUCUCUUGGACAGGAACUUCAAUCCUAAAGUUGCUGAUUUUGGUUUGGCCAAGCUUUGCAACAGGGACAAUACUCACAUCACCAUGACCGGAGGAAGGGGGACUCCAGGUUACGCUGCUCCUGAGCUUUGGGCGCCAUUUUCUGUAACUCACAAGUGUGAUGUUUACAGCUUCGGCAUGCUGUUAUUUGAAAUUAUAGGUAGGAGAAGAAACCAUGAUGCUAAACUUUCUGAGAGCCAGGAGUGGUUUCCAAUGUGGGCUUGGAAAAAAUUUGAUGCUGGAGAACUUGGGGAGUUAAUGAUAGUGUGUGGGAUAGAGGAGCAAAAUAAGGAUAUAGCAGAAAGAAUGGUUAAGGUAGCUCUGUCAUGUGUUCAGUAUAGGCCAGAAGUAAGGCCUAUGAUGAGUGUUGUGGUGAAAAUGUUAGAAGGUUCAGAUGAAAUUCCAAAGCCUUUGAAUCCAUUUCAGUACUUGAUGAAUGGGGGGAGUUUGGGUGCUCAUCCAGUCCAAGUGUCACAGACUUAUACAACAACUAUUUCUUCAGGGUCUUCUGUUUUGGUAAGCGACACCAACAUCCUAUGCGCUACUCCUGUUAUGAGCAAGUAUGAGAUUGAAUUAGCUACUAGCAAGUGAUGGAAGGUUGCCAUUUAGGUUCAAUAAGUUGUAAAAUAUUUUCCGUGGUACUAGUUUGAUUUUAUAUGCCUGUAAAUGUUCGUAUAUACCACCUAUUUGCUGCUCUUUUGGCUCUAAACACAUUAUGCAGAGUAUAAAGUUUAUAAACCUAAA